CGGAAGUGUAAAUACAGCUAAGUGCGACGUUGGACAUCACGUACCGUCAGUGAGGUAAACAUACGCCUGGAAACAACUCCCAAGAUGCUUUACUGACGUUCAUUUCUUUUUAUAUCCACGGUCAGCCCGGAUACUUGGACAUGUCAACAAGCGGCAAAGGAAUGGCAUCCAAUUUUGCUGACUCCGGAGCUGGACGGAACAGAGCUUUAAAUCCUAAUGUUGCGGCCGCUGAACCGAUGUUCCCUUCACCAGGCCUGCAUCGGGAAUACAACUGGCAGGCUACGAAAAGCUCCGUCAAAGAGCGUUUCGCGUUUCUUUUUAACAAUGAGCUGCUUAGCGAUGUGAAGUUUGUCGUCGGUAAAGGCAGACAGGCCCAAAGAAUUCCAGCACAUAAAUUUGUACUGGCCGCUGGAAGUGCUGUUUUUGAUGCCAUGUUCAACGGAGGAAUGGCCACGAACUCCAACGAGAUUGAGCUUCCUGAUGUCGAACCGGCAGCAUUCCUCGCGUUGCUUAGGUUUCUUUAUUCAGAUGAGGUUCACAUUGGUCCUGAAACUGUCAUUACAACACUCUAUACAGCGAAAAAAUAUGCAGUUCCAGCGCUGGAGACCCACUGUGUGGAGUUCCUGACCGAGCAUCUUCGAGCAGACAAUGCCUUUAUGCUUCUCUCACAGGCCAGACUGUUUGAUGAGCCUCAGCUUGCAAACCUGUGCUUGGAGACGAUCGAUAAAAGCACUGCGGAUGCUGUUAACGCAGAAGGUUUCACAGACAUCGAUUUAGACACACUAUGUGCUGUGCUGGAGAGAGAUACCCUGGGUAUGCGGGAGAGCCGGCUGUUCGGUGCUGUGGUGCGCUGGGCACAUGCAGAGUGCUACAGACAGCAGCUGCCACCCACAUCUGACAACAAACAGAGGGUUCUGGGCAAAGCACUCUCACUCAUCCGCUUCCCCCUCAUGUCCCUUGAGGAGUUCGCCGCAGGCCCUGCGCAGUCUGGGAUGUUGUUCGAUCGGGAGGUGGUAAAUCUGUUUUUACACUUUACAGUAAACCCCAAACCACGGGUAGACUUUACAGACAGACCACGCUGUUGCCUGCAGGGGAGAGAGGGCAGCAUUAACAGGUUUCAGCAGGUGGAGUCUCGCUGGGGCUACAGCGGCACCAGUGACAGUGUCAGGUUUAACGUGAACAGGAGGAUCUCCCUACUGGGUUUUGGACUCUAUGGUUCCAUCCAUGGACCAGCAGACUAUCACGUCAGCAUACAGAUCUUUGAGAGUGACAAAAACAAAAGUCUUGCUCAGAACGAUACCGGCUUUAGCUGUGAUGGAACGGCGAAUACCUUCAGAGUCCUGUUCAAAGAGGCAGUGGAGCUACUACCUAAUGUGAGCUACAUGGCCUGUGCCACUCUAAAGGGUCCAGAUUCCCACUAUGGCACUAAGGGACUGAAGAAGGUCACAUAUGAGUCUGUGUCAGGAGCCAAAACUACAUUUGUGUUCUGCAGCUCACCUGGAAACAAUAACGGCACAUCCGUGGAGGACGGACAGAUCCCAGAGCUCAUAUUCUACACUUGAGACCGAACUCAGACUCACAAGCUCAGGGAUAAAAAUGGACAAAGAAAGAAAAGGUGCCUCACAAAUGGAAAUGGACACCAUUUACUGCUGACCUGGUGUCAGCUGUGUUGGGCGGUGGGGUCGCUAGGGCAAGAGUCACACUAGACCUAUACUGCGAUUAAGGUAUUUUUUUUUUUUAUAAGGUAUAUCAUUGUGUUUGUAGCUACAUAAUUUGUGCAGAACAAUGACUCAUCAUUAAUAAAAAUAUUUUAUUUUUAGCUUUUAUUUGGGGAUUAAAAAAGAACUGAAUGAAUGUGAAUUGUGUAGUCUUACGGAAGGAGCCAUGUUUUGUUUUCAAGAUGUUGUACAAUAUCAGCACCAUACCAGUCUUGGCAGACACUUGCAUAAACAGCAUGAAUGAGUUUAGUAGUAAGAUGGUAUUUACUAGUAUUUUAUCUCUGGUAUUUACUGCCACUCUAUUUACACAGGAGGUCUGGAAGAUAUAUACACAAAAAUAAAAAUGAAAAAUGUUCAAAUAGU